AUGGGACAAAAAAUAAAUCCACUUGGUUUCAGACUUGGUACAACCCAAAGUCAUCAUUCCCUUUGGUUUACACAACCAAAAAAUUAUUCCGAAGGUCUACAAGAAGAUCAAAAAAUAAGAGAUUUUAUUAAGAAUUAUGUACAAAAAAAUCUGAAAAUUUCCUCUGGCGUCGAGGGAAUUGCACGUAUAGAAAUUCACAAACGAAUCGAUCUGAUCCAGGUCAUUAUCUAUAUGGGAUUCCCAAAGUUAUUAAUAGAAAAUCGACCGGGAGGAAUCGAAAAAUUGCAGAUGAAUUUACAAAAAGAAUUUAAUUGUGUCAACCGAAAACUUAACAUUACUAUCACAAGAAUUGCAAAACCUUACGGAAGCCCUAAUAUUCUUGCAGAAUUUAUAGCCGGCCAAUUAAAGAAUAGAGUUUCUUUUCGAAAAGCAAUGAAAAAGGCUAUUGAAUUAACUGAACAAGCAGAUACAAAAGGAAUUCAAGUACAAAUUUCAGGACGUAUCGACGGAAAAGAAAUUGCGCGUGUCGAAUGGAUCAGAGAGGGCAGGGUUCCCCUUCAAACCAUUCGAGCUAAAAUAGAUUAUUGUUCUUAUACAGUUCGAACUAUAUGGAGUUUUAGGCAUAGAUGGAAUUCAGAACCAACCAUCAACUAUAACCCCAAAAGAACCAGAUUCCGUAAACAACAUAGAGGAAGAAUGAAGGGAAUAUCUUAUCGAGGUAAUCAUAUUUCUUUUGGUAAAUAUGCUCUUCAGGCACUUGAACCCGCUUGGAUCACGUCUAGACAAAUAGAAGCAGGUAGACGGGCAAUGACACGAAAUGCACGUCGCGGUGGAAAAAUUUGGGUACGUAUAUUUCCAGACAAACCGGUUACAGUAAGACCCGCAGAAACACGUAUGGGUUCGGGGAAAGGAUCCCCUGAAUAUUGGGUAGCUGUUGUUAAACCAGAUAACAGCGGGGCUCGAGAAUUGAUGUGUAUUCGAAUCAUAGGAGCUAGCAAUCGUCGAUAUGCUCAUAUCGGUGACGUUAUUGUUGCUGUGAUCAAAGAAGCAGUGCCAAAUAUGCCCCUAGCAAGAUCAGAGGUGGUCAGAGCUGUAAUUGUACGUACUUGUAAAGAACUCAAACGUGAUAACGGUAUGAUAAUACGAUAUGAUGACAAUGCUGCGGUUGUCAUUGACCAAGAAGGAAACCCCAAAGGAACUCGAAUUUUUGGUGCAAUUGCCCGUGAAUUGAGACAGUUAAAUUUUACUAAAAUAGUUUCAUUAGCUCCGGAGGUAUUGUAAGGUCUUAUAAAAAAAGAAAAUACCAUCAUAUGGUUAUAGUAAAGUAUUUGAAAGAAAGAGAUUAAGAAAUAUUAUAUUCAUAAUUUUUAGUAGAUUGUGUCUCAUGCAUAUGCCUUUAAUUGAAAUAAAAAUUCAUAAAAAAAUAAGUAAAUAAAUAUGUUUAUUAUAUCAAAAUUGGGAGCACCAAGAAAUUUAAUUCACCAUGGGUAGGGAUAUUAUUGCUGACAUAAUAACUUCUAUACGAAAUGCUGAUAUGGAUCGAAAAAGGGCGGUUCGAAUAGCAUCUACUAAUAUCACUGAAAAUAUUGUUAAAAUACUUUUACGAGAAGGUUUUAUUGAAAACGUGAGAAAACAUAAAGAAACCAAAAAAGAUUUUUUGGUUUUAACCCUACGACAUAGAAGGAAUAGGAAAAGAUCUUAUAGAAAUUUUUUAAAUUUAAAACGGAUCAGUCGGCCUGGUCUACGAAUCUAUUCGAACUACCAACGAAUUCCUAGAAUUUUAGGUGGGAUGGGAAUUGUAAUUAUUUCUACUUCCCGAGGUAUAAUGACAGACCGAGAAGCUCGACUAGAACGAAUUGGCGGAGAAGUUUUGUGUUAUAUAUGGUAAUCUUUCUAAUAUACGAAUUGGGUCCGAAACUUCUUAUUUGUGAAAACAAAAAGAAAAGGGGCGGGUUGUCUAAUAUCGUUCCUCCUCCAUCAAUUGAUACUUCAAGGAGGCUUUACCUGUAAUGAAAGAACAAAAAUGGAUUCAUGAAGGUUUAAUUACUGAAUCCCUUCCCAACGGUAUGUUCCGUAUUCGCUUAGAUAAUCAAGAUAUGAUUCUAGGUUAUGUUUCAGGAAAGAUCCGACGUAGUUUUAUACGGAUACUACCAGGCGAUAGAGUAAAAAUUGAAGUAAGUCGUUAUGAUUCAACCAGAGGACGUAUAAUUUAUCGACUUCGCAAUAAGGAUUCGAAAGAUUAGGUGUUUUUAUCAACUUCAACAUUCCUUUCGUGAGAAGAUGAUUCGAGAUGAAAAAUUCCAAGAAACCUAUUUUCUUCCAAAAAAUAGAUUCAGAAUUCAAAUGAGGAAUGCCAAAUAUGAAAAUAAGAGCUUCUGUUCGUAAAAUUUGUGAAAAAUGUCGACUAAUCCGUAGGCGGGGACGAAUUAUAGUAAUUUGUUCCAACCCAAGACAUAAACAAAGACAAGGAUAAUCAGACUUGUUAAAACACCCCAUGUAA